ACGCGCGAAAGUUGGCGGUGGGGCGGAGCCUGGAGCGAAUCAGGCCCCGCCUUAAGUUGAGUGGGCGGGGCGGCGUGACGUCACGAGACCCGGAGGUUCGGCCCGUCGGACCAGCUCGAGCCACAUACCCCUUCUACCGGCUACUGCCCCAACGACUCUUCCCAUCCUAGUCUUGGAAAAAGUGUAGAGAGGGCCAUCGUCCCUACGUCCAUGCGGCAGGGCUCGGGAGGGGCCUUUCUGCGACAGCCCCUGAGUUAUUAAACAUGAUCACUACCUCUUCCCAGACUAUGCCAGGUCUUAGUCGUGGGAGGAAUCAUGGAUGCUCCGCCCCUUUCACCUGAGUGGGCGGGGCCAUCGGGCCGUGACGCCAUCACAGGGCGUCUGAGAAAAGACAAGCGAGUUGGAGAUGGAGUCGCUGUCGGCUCUUAGAGGCUUGGUGCUGCUGCGGGACUCCGUGGAGUGGGAAGGGCGCAGUCUCUUGAAGGCGCUUAUCAAGAAAUCAGUACUGUGUGGGGAGCAAGUCCACAUCCUGGGCUGUGAAGUGAGCGAGGAAGAGUUUCGUGAAGGUUUUGACUCUGGUAUCAACAGCCAGCUAGUUUACCAUGAUUUCUUCAGAGACCCUCUCAACUGGUCAAAGACUGGGAAAGCCCUUCCUGGGGGACCCCUGGGAGCCUUGAGAGCCAUGUGUGGGAAGAAAGAUCUUGGUCCUGUCACCAUUGCUCUUGAUUCACUCAGCUGGCUGCUGCUUCACCUCCCCUGUACCACACUCUGCCAGACCUUGCAUGCCCUGAGCCAUCAGCACUCCCACCCUGGCCCCUACCCCAAUGCUCCCUUUUUGCCCUACAUUUCUUGUCCCUCUCCAGGUGACAGCACUCCAGUGCAGCAUGUGCAUGUGCUGGGCCUACUACAUGAAGAGCUUCAUGGCCCAGGUCCCAUGGUAGCAUUGAGCAGCCUUGCCCAGGCUGAGGUGACCCUGAGUGGUACAGUGGGCCAAGCCUCAGCCCACAUCCUCUAUCGGAGGCCCCAACAGCGCCCAACCCAUGAGACUCUGUGGUUCUCCAUCCUGCCUGACUUCAGCCUGCAUCUCCAAAGGGGAUCCCCACUAGAGUCCCAGCUCUACCCAGAUCUUCACACACACCCGGUGGACCCUAUGACUCAUUUGACCUUUAACCUUCACCUGUCCAAGAAAGAAAGAGAAGCCAAAGAUAGUCUGAUCCUGCCCUUCCAAUUCAGCUCUGAAAAACAGCAGGCUCUACUGUACCCUGGGCCAGGCCAGGCUACCAGCCACAUCUUCUAUGAGCCAGAUGCUUGUGAUGACCUGGACCAAGAAGACCCAGACGACGACCUAGAUAUUUGACUGUUCAACGGAUUUGAUUAGGCUGUAAUUGGAAGCGGGGGAAGAGGAAGACCUGGGACCCAUAACCUUCCAUUGUUUACAGUGGCCUUACCCUGUCCUGCCCCACCCUUUGUUCCCUGGGUCUAUGAAGGCCCUGCCCUGUGAUGCCAUGAGCUAAGGGAGUAGCUUCCAAGCAGGACAAAAAUUGGAUGAUGGCAAAGGGGAAGGUGAGAGAGUAGAACUCCUCCCCACACUAAUAAAAUACUUAUUUUUUUUUAUUAAAGAAAACUUUUUGCUACCUAUUUAAGCAAGAGUUGGGAGUGGAAGGGACUGGAGGGUGAGAAUGGAUGAGGGAGCCAAGAACCUGAGUUACUUAGAAUUUAGGCCUGAAUGACAAUGAAAUGGCGGAACAGGAACAGUUUCCCACAUCAG